ACCUCCAGCACUAAUGCUACCAAAGAAGACGUGGCUAAAAAUGCAGGAAGUGUUUGCUAAGGUGGAAUAAAUUAAGGAAAAAGAGGUAAAAACUAAUCCAACAUGGCUACAGUGGCAGUAGUUGACGUGGAGGACGAGAGCAUCCUUGCGUCUGUUUUUAAAGACAGUUUCCCGGAGAGUUGGAGGGACAACCCGGACUUUGCCACGUAUCUGUCGGAACUGAGCUCCUUCGGCGUAGAGAAGCUGCGACGAGAGCCGGAGAGACUGGCCGAGGAGCGGGCACAGAUCCUGCAGCAGACCCGGGAGCUCGCCUUCUCCAACUACCAGACCUUCAUCCGGACGGCGGACUGCACCCACCACAUCUACCGGGACUUCGGGCGGGUGGAAAGCAGCGUGUCCCACCUGCUAGACACCCUGCCCCGCUUCGGGGAGAAAUGCAGAGUCUUCAUGAAGGAGGCGGAGCAGAUUGGAGCCAGUCGUCGUAUGAACAGUUUGACCCUGAACAGACACACAGAGAUCCUGGAGGUGCUGGAGAUCCCUCAGCUCAUGGACACCUGUGUGAGGAACAGUUACUAUGAGGAGGCUUUGGAGCUCGCCGCGUACGUGAAGAGACUGGACAAGAAGCACUCCUCUCUGCCUGUCAUACAGGGUAUAGUUCAUGAGGUGCGUCAGUCCACUCAGCUCAUGUUAAACCAGCUCCUACAACAGCUCCGCAGCAACUCCCAGCUUCCGGCGUGUCUGCGGGUCAUCGGCUUCCUGCGCCGUAUGGAUGUAUUCACAGAGGCCGAACUACGCGUCAAAUUCCUCCAAGCUCGCAGCACCUGGCUCAACUCUAUCCUGUCUGCAAUACCCGAAGAAGACCCCUAUUUCCACAUCACUAAAACCAUAGAAGCAUGCAGAGUCCACCUAUUUGAUAUCAUCACUCAGUAUCGUGCUAUAUUUUCAGACGAGGACCCCUUAGUGCUUCCUAUUGGUGGACAAGCGACGGUGAAUGAACCUGCAAUAUUUCACGGUUGGGUGGUGCAAAAAGUGUCUGAAUUUAUGGCAACUUUAGAGCGAGAUUUGGAUAGAGGGGUAGGUAGCAGACUCGACUCCUUGCUAGGCCAGUGUAUGUAUUUCGGUUUAUCGUUUAGCAGAGUGGGAGCAGAUUUUCGGGGAUUGUUGCCUCCACUUUUUCAGAGGGUAGCAGCUGAAAGUUUUCGUAAAUCACUGAAAGAAGCAGUGGAGAAGUUUGAAGAGGAUAUGAAUUUGUACACCUUGAUCUCUCUGCCUUCGGUUCUUGGGGGCACGAUUCCUCCGGUGCAGCAGACAGCUCAGCCCGGGACACUGCAGCCUCCUAUGUGUCUCCUGGACUUUGAGCCUUUAGCAUGUUUUCUAAAUCACAUCCUCACUGCGUUCAAUGACCUGAGGCUCUGCUGCCCCCUAGGGCUGGCCCAAGACGUGACAACAACACUGGAGGAUGCACUCAAACUGGUGACCCGUCAGAUUGUAGUGUUCCACCGUGCCGAGCAGACUGCCUUCAGUGACAGAGAGAGGGCGCUGUUUAUUCAGUUUUGUUCUGCGUUUGCUGAAGAUCUGCUGCCAUUUCUGAACCGCUGCCUCCAAACACUGUUCCCCCCAAAUCAACUUGCCCUCAUUCUCGGUGUCCCUCCCACUCAGCUGUACAAAUACGGUAACUUGGGCAGGAUCGACAUCUCCUCCAUCAUUGAACCUUUGGACUUUGUUUUACCCAAAAAAGAGACUCCAGACCUCAUAGAUCCUCUGUUACCAGACCUGGACCUCAGCACAGACCUGGGAAGUCUCAAUCUAGACCCACAAGUCCAGGAUCACAAACCAGAUGGUCCGAAACCUGCUCUAGACCCUAAACCAGACCCUGAACCUGCUCUAGACCCUAAACCAGAUACUAAACCAGACCAAAAUCCUAGUCUAAACUUGGACCCCACUCUGGAGGAGAUCCUAGGUCCUGACCCUGGUUUAUCAGGUCCUUCAGAUGCUCUAAAAACAGAGGAGGAACUAGAUGAUGACAUAGAGGAAUUAUUGAAGUAAAGACUUAUCUGAAAUAUUUCUUUGGCAUAUUGAGACUGCACUUGUAUAUGUUCUAUACCAGAUACUACAGGUGUGUAUUUACAUUGUUAUUUUGAAGUUUCUUAAUUAAAGUGUUGAUGACAUUGUUAUAAAACUGUUACUCAAAAGAGAGUUGAUGAAAUGGGGUAUAUAAAUCGGUGAAAUUCCUGC